CACAAACGUUUGCUAAUCAGACUUUUUCAUUUCUUUGUCUACAGCGACAAUGGCAUCGCCAGCAGCGACGACAGCAACCACAGCACCGGCAGGCCGCAAGGCGUGGGCGGCGCUCGUCACGCGCCCGACCUACCUACCAGGCCUGCUCGCACUGCACCGCACCCUCGUCAGCGUGUCGUCGUACCCGCUCGUCGUGCUCGUGACCGACGCGCUCCCCGAGUCUGCGCGCGCCAUCAUCCGCAAGCGCGGCCUCGAGGUCAUCGACAUCGAGCACCUCUCCCCCGGCGAGGGCAAGCACUCGGGCUUUGACGGCGACAAGGCGCACCGGUUCCACGACACGUGGACCAAGCUCCAGGUGUUUGGGCUGGACCAGUUCGAGCGCCUGAUCCUCAUUGACGCCGACACCAUCUUCCUGCGCGGCAUGGACGAGCUGUUUGACAUUGAGCUCGGCAAGGACUGGAUUGCCGCUGCGCCAGUGUGCGCGUGCAACCCGUUCAAGUUUGCCCACUACCCCGACGACUGGGUGCCCGCCAACUGUGCGCUCUCGCACCAGCCCCGCCCGACGACGCUCGACAACGUCCCCCAGCCGACGCUCGACAGCCCGCGCACCUCGCACCUCCUCAACUCUGGCGUCGUCGUCCUCCACCCCUCGCGCGAGCUGAUGGACACGCUCGUCGACCACCUCGACAACUCGCCCACAAUCGCCGAGGCACAGUUCCCAGACCAGGACGUGCUCGCCGAGGUGUUCAAGGGCAAGUGGCGCGUCCUGCCGUGGUGGACCAACUCGCUCAAGACGGAGCGCGCGGUGCACCAGAACAUCUGGGACGACAACGAGGUCCGCCUCCUCCACUUCAUCCUCGAGAAGCCAUGGAACAAGCGUCCCGCCGGCCUCCCAGAACGCUCUGUGCUCCCAACACCACCGCGCUCGCCUGCAGACGGCGUGCGCCGCCCCCUCCCCGCACCACUCCUCGAGGCCGUGCACUCGGCCCCGCCGCAGCCCAGCAAGACAGACUACGACAUCCUCCACUCGUGGUGGUGGGCCGUGUACGACGACCUGCUUGCCGAGCUCAAGACCGAGGCCGGCAGCGGAUGGGAGGAGAUCGACCGUUACGUCGCACACUAG